AACGAGGCUGCUUGCGUGCUCGCCCCUGCCAGAGGCGCUGAUUCUGCUGCGUCCGCCCUCUCCGCUCGGAGGCGCUGCCAUGAACAAAGGCUUCGCCCGGAAGAGCCAUACAUUCCUGCCCAAGAUAUUUAGGAAAAUGUCUUCCCAGCCCAAAGAGCGUCCAGAGAGCUUGCAGUUCCCCUUCCUAGAUGAUGACGAAACAGUCACCACUAUCCGGGAAUCGAAAACACUUUUCGUCAUCCGGGGUCUGCCAGGGAGUGGAAAAUCUACCUUGGCACAGGCCAUCCAAGACAGGUACAAGGAUGUUUGCAAAGUCGUCUCCACCGACCACUACAAAAUCACGCCCACCAUAAGGAGCGCCAUUCCUGAAGAUUAUGGCAAGGUGGACGAGGACCUAGUUGACUAUUUCAAGCGCGAUGUCAGUGUGGUGGUGAUGGACGACACCCACCAUGAACGGGAGCGGCUAGAGCAGAUCUUCGACAUUGCUGACAAGUACCGUUAUGAAGUCAUCAUAGUGGAACCCAAAACGCCGUGGAAAUUGGAUUGCUUGCAACUCAAGGAUAAAAACCAGUGGAAACUUACGGCAGAUGAGCUGAAGAAGCUGAAGCCUGCCUUAGAAAAGGAUUUCCUUCCUUUGUACUAUGGAUGGUUUUUGAGCAAAAGGAGCUCGGAGAACUUGCGCAAGACUGGGCAGGCAUUUCUGGAUGAACUUGCCAGUAUUAAAGUCUUCAAAAAGGAGUCUAAUAAACACUUUGGGGGAGCGAUUGAAGACCCCAAAAUGAAAUUAGACUUGACCAGCUACUUUGUGAAAAGGCCUCCGGGUGUCUUGCACUGCACAACAAAAUUCACUGACUUUGGGAAGGCCCCAGGAUCAGAGGAUUAUGCACAGCAAGAGGCUGUGAAGUCAUCUUAUGGAAAAGCUUUCUUCCUCACCAUCUCAGCCCUCUUCAUCACUCCAAGAACUGCUGGGGCACGCGUAGAACUAAGCGAGCAGCAACUGCUUCUGUGGCCAGGUGACGUGGAUGUGCUCCCACCGGCAGGCAACCUCCCCAAAGGCAGCCGUGCUCACGUCACCCUGGGCUGUGCCAGCGGGAUAGAAGCCGUCCAGACAGGCCUCGACCUCCUUGAAUUUGUCAAACUGGAGAAGGCAGGCAACAAAGGCGAGGAAGUGGGGGAAAUCGGUGGGGGGAAACUUUUGUCCUAUGGGAAUGGCAUGUGGAUGAUUGUGCUUUCCAAAAAGAUUGAGGUGAGGGCUGUCUUUGGCGGGUACUACGGCAAAGGAAAACUGGUGCCGACUCAAGGGGGCAGCAAAAGGGGGUCACCCUUUAAUUCCUGUGUGAUCAUCUGAGGGCCUUUCUUGCCAAAAUCAUGUUUUAUAUGAAAAAAAACAAUUACAAUUUUUGUUCUCUCACUAAAGCCAGCCACCAUUAAAUUUUAAGCACAGCUAGCCCCUUCCACAGGACCCACAAGAAAGAAGCCAGAGGCUGGGGCACCUCUAAUAGAAACACUAGCACUUUUUUAUAUAUAAAUGGUAAGAUUAAUGCAACUAAAUACUUCAAUUCAUAGGCAGCUGAGGAUUUUUAAAACAGAAAUUUAAAGAAAUGGAAGUAUUCUCUGCAGGAGUAUUGCUACUCCUGGCACUUUUGGCUCAGAUUCACCCAGCAUCACAGUCCAAGGCCCAAUAUUAAAAGUUGAUACUGGCUGAGAGAAAAGCUUGCCCCUGUCAUGUGUUGUUGGAUCUGAGCUGCUCCCUGUACAAAGCAUCUAUGUGAGAUGUCAUUCCAGUGCCAAGCCCCCUGGGUGAGUUCUUUUAUCUCUGCCACCACCGCCUCAGAUCUUCCUCAGUUCCCAGAGUUUCAUGCCCUCUCUUAUCCUGAGUUGUUAUAUCUUUGAAAAACAGAUUCCAGGCUUGAAAAACCAGACCUGCCUCAACUUAUAUAGUUGUGCUAUGGAGCCUUCCCCCACUGGGUUAUUGACUAGAGCAGUGAGGGAUCUGAUGGAGGAUAUAGAUUUUUUUUUGUCAUCAAGGACCUAUAGCUCACUUUGUGCCAAGUACUUGAGAAAUAGAAUUCCUCUUGUUUGGACAAGCUCAGUGACAGGAUCCCGCCCCCAUCUCAGUCCUUCAGAUCAAUCAAGUGACUGCCAUGCUAGGAUUUCCAAAGUCCUACUAGGAAGGUGGCAAGGGCUGUGAAGGGAACUAAAGGAUUACAGACCCUGUGUAACUCCAUACUCACUGUGUUUUCUGAGGCUUAAUAGUUGAUGCUGCCCACCCACCAGGGAUUGGUCACACAGAGCUGCCAGAGUCCAGUGCUGUGCUCACAGGCAAAGGAAAACAUGACCUGACAGGCAGAUCAUGUCAAACUCUCGUAACUAGAAGUACAUGCAGCUUGGACCCCAACUAACUUCACCUUGGAGCAAUGUUGUGGUAGCUAGCUAGACCAUCAGAAUAUGAAGAGAGGAUUACAAAGGCAGGACUCUCUCAAGUCUACAUGCAGGCAUACACAAAUGCACAGUCAGGCUGCGCAUCUCCACCAGACAUUUCUUAAUGGGUUCUCUUCAUACUAUCACAAGGACUAGAAUCUUUCAUCUUGAAAAAAGGAUAAUGUUCUAAAAAGACAAACCAGACCCACAGCUCUUAAAUUAUAGGCUACACCGAGGGAUAUUUAGAGUUGUGAGGUAAAAUUGGUUGGGUUUUUUUUUUUGCAGGGGCAGGAGUCAAGUAUAUGAUUGGAUUUAAACCACCAUUGACAAAAACCCCACCUAUUAACUGGGCUGUAGUAAUUUUGGGGAGUGGUGGGGGUUGAGUUGGGGACUAGCUUAAUCCAAGCUGCCUCAUAGACAAUAAAAAUUGCCUUCUUCCCCUCCCACAACCCCCUCUCCCAAAGCUCUGGCAAAUAGCAUAUGCCAACACACUGCCUAAUAGUGAACUAUUUUUUAACAUAGGAAUGAAAAAAAAACACAUUACUAGAAGCUUGCAGCCACAUAUUUUAUAUCCUGAGCAAUUGAACAUUCCAUGUCCUCACAGCUGUUCAGCCAGUCAGUUUGAGAGAGUUCACCACCUCAAAUGCAAUACAGAGUAGAUUUGCUAAUAAUUUGCAAAGAGUCAGCAUGGGAAAACUGCCCCAUGCAGAGUCAGUCCAUUGUUUACUUGAGCUGGCAGCAGCUUUCUAGAGCCUCAGGCAGAAAAGAGCCUUUUUCAAGAACUGCCAACCCCAAGAUGGGGAUGGCAGGAACUGAGCAUUAGAUCUUCUGAAAGAAAUCAUGCACGUUUUGUCACAAAGCCACCACCUCCACCCAGGAUGAAGCCUUGCCUUGGAAGUUCACCAAAUAUAAAGGAGCUGCAGGAACAUGGUAUCCUAUCCUAAAUCUGUAUAUACAUUCCAUAGGUAUCUGCUCUACAAGAAAGCUAUUCUUUUAAUUAAUCUCUCCUCAUGAACUCCCCAGACCUGAGAAACAAAUAUAAUCAAUCCAUUUUGAGCUACAAGACGGUCCACUCAUCAGCUACCCCUACCACUAACUAUUUGGUUCCUUCUCCAACCUCUAAAAACUAAGCAGAAUAUGUUUGAUAGCGCCCCUGCCCCCGAUCAUCAGAAAUCUUUUGGUACACGUUUUUCACAUUCCAAGCCAUAAAAGGAACUCCCCAAUUUAAGUCAAUUCAUCCUUUGCCAUUUCUCUUGUUAUGAACAGUUAUCACAGAUAUGUUUUAUUUCCUUCCCUGUCCUAUGCCAUCAGAUAGUUACACGUCAUUUCCUCUCUCCCACCCCCCACCCCUAGCCCAAACCCUUGUGUCUUUAGAACCACAAGUGUAGAAUCUCACCACUGCAGAGAGCUGUGCAGGUGAUACAAAAAAGGGAAGAUGCCACAUACAGCUUUUCUGGAGAGUGGGUGAUAUUUGAUGAAAGAUGGAAACGACCCCCCCCCCCCGUACUGUUACUUUUGUAUGAGAAACAGAUGGAGGUUGCGGGUGGGGGGCAAGAUCAGAACUUCAAAGCAAGCAUGUUAGGCACUUCUGAACUACAAAUUGAUUACUGUACACAUGGCUCACUUUAAGCUGUAGUCCAGAAAGUCUUGGAGGAAACAGUGUUCUUCCCCCAGGGUAGGAUAAAGAGAAAAUAGAGAUUUUUUGGAACAGUGGAAAGUGGUCUGUAAAAUACUAUGUUGGUGAGGAAUAAAGGCAUUUAGUGAAAUACCUCAGACAGAUAGGACUACUGCCCUUUGAAUGCUCAGAACGGGUUGGAUCCAACCGGUUUUUCCUGUGCUGAAAAAGGAAUCGCUAGUGAGUGUGACCAUCCCAAAAAGCCGUGCUGAAGGUCUUGUGACCUGCCUGGCCCAAAGGCAUGUGGAAUGGGGUAAGGACUGGAUGAGAUGAAGUGCUUGGAACACUAAAGUGCCAUAGAAAAGUUUGAAAAUGUUAAAAGGUUUAAACUGUUUAGAAACUAGCAGUACUCCGAACAGGUCUACAUUUGGAACACACAAAGAUAAAGAGAUUGUUUAAAAACUCCAGUUCUCUUAUGUGCAUGAAGAACCUGAUGAAAACGUAGAUGGAUACCCAUGGAUUCUUUGGGUAUUAGUUAAAAUAAGGAAAUAGUGAGUUUGUAUCUGUCUGUUGACAUUGUAACAGUAAUUGAUCCUGGUGUACACUCUGCUUAGUUUUGUAUGCUGUAAAAAUAUAGGUGUGGAUCCCUGAGAAUGAUUUCUAUGCGCAAAACAGAUUUCUUGCCUCUCUGAAGUCCAAAAUGUUCCCAAGGAGCAGCACUGGGGAGGGGCAUUUUGGGCUGUAGGAGAAAGAGGCAGGCAAGAACGUCACACUCUGCAGGCAGAAAUCCUUGUCUGUAGAACCACUCUGAAGGAUCCAGGCCAGUCUCUAAAAAAUGAAGGAUGUAAUCCAUUGAAAGCCAUGCAUAUCCUAAAUCCCAUUGAUUUCAGCUGGGGAACAGUUAAGUACCAAUGUAGUUUGGGUUGGAUAGGGCCCCAGGUCUGGCACAAUAUUUUAGAUACACAUUUGAACAGAUUACCUCCCAGCUUCUCGAUUGCAAACCUGAGUUUGUGUCAUUUCUAAGCGACUGUCCCCAUGUUCCAAUGUAUUAAUUCUGAGCAAGUAAUAAAAGGUCGCAAUUUACCACCAAUUACAGUCCCCACCCAACCUGCUCUUGCAUUAAAAAUGGCCGUAAAAUAGACAUGUCUAGUUUAACACAUUCUUUACUUGAAUUUCAUCUGGAAGAGCAUGCUCAGGAGUAUACAUAGACAUUGGUGGUGUUUUUAAAAUUGUAUUAUAACCUGCACAACACAUCUAAGGAUGUAUCCUGCCCUACCAGAGUUGUUCAUGAGAAUGCUGUAAGACAAGAGUCCGUAUCCAGCUGUCUAAUGUCCUCAU